AUGCCUCCCGUCCGCGUUCUUUCCUUGGAGCACGUCGCUGCCGUCCUCAAGGACAUCGACAUCGAGGAUAUUCUCACCUCUCAAGCACAAGCCUUCCACGCCUACAGUGCAAACGAGACCCAGACACCACAGAGAUCAACACUCCAAACCCCCUACCACAAAACCCUCACCAUGCCUUCAAGAAUCGACACCCUCACUUCAACCGUCAAAAUCGUCUCCGUCCCCAAAACAGACUCGAAGGAUGGCCUCCCGGGCGUCACCAUCGUCCUCGACAACAAAUCUGGGGAACCCCGAGGACUCGUCAAUGCUCGACUCUUGACGGCUGUUCGCACUGCUGCCGGGUCUGCCCUUGCUACUCGGGUUAUCUUUGAGAACAAGCAGGAGAAGAAUAAGGCGUUGUCGUUGGUAGUGUUUGGAUCAGGCGCGCAGGCAAAAGCACAUAUUCAGUUGUUGACACAUGUCUUGCCAGACCAGAUCUCACGCAUCGUCAUCUGUAACAGGACCCUCCCUCGAGCCCGCGACCUUGUCCAUGAACUAUCGCCCGAUUGCAGUGCCAAGUCGAUCGAUAUCUCGGCCUUCAGCAUCACCACCGGCGAAUCCACUUCCUCGACAACUGGAUCAGGGUCAGGAUCGCCCCAGGACAAACUGAAGGAAAUCGUCCAAUCCGCACACAUUAUCUGCACUUGCACAAACACAACCGAGGCCCUCUUCCCCGGAGAAUGGGUCCAACCCGGAACGCACCUCAACAUGGUCGGAUCCUACACUCCGGCAAUGCACGAAAUCGAUCAGUCCUUGGUCGCUCGUGCUUGGACGUUGGUCGAUGCCAAGAAGGAAUGUGAACAUGAGGCUGGAGAAUUUAUCCUGGCCAAGAAACUGACGGGCGAGAAUGGAGUUUUGGUAGAGUUGGGUGAGAUCUUUGCAGAGGAUGGCAAGUUCAAGCGGGGAGCCUUGCCCAAGGAGUUUUCGGACCGUGGGAAUAAUCAAGACAGGGAGAAGAAGAAGGAUGUGACGAUUUUCAAGAGUGUGGGGAUUGCGGCCCAGGAUGUCGCCAUUACUGCAUUGGUCCUCGAUAGGGCAGAGACCAUGGGUCUUGGUUCCGUCGUCGACUUUUAA